AUGGUUCGACUCUUUAGCCUCGCGGCUCUCAGCCUUACUCUUCUCCAGUCGCUAGUGACUGCGUCGCCAUUUCCUUGCUUGAAUGGCCACUGCUCCUAUACGCGUGCCAACUUGACUCCGGAGAUUGUAGCGCGUGAACUUGGUCCGCAGCUCUCGAGGAAUUCCAGCAUCUUUGGGCCCGACGAUGCUCGCUGGGUUGAAGCUACGACGAGAUACCAGGAGUAUAACCGACCUCAUAUCUCUAUGGUUGUGGAGCCCGCGCGCGAAGACGACAUUCCCAAAAUCGUCAAAUACGCCAACAAAAACAGCUUGGAUUUUCUCACUGUCAACCGUGGACAUUCCCUCUCUGGCUUCAAUGGGAACUUCUCGGGAAUUCAGAUCAGCAUGGAUCUCCUCAGGGAUAUCACCAUCAACAAAGGCGGGAAGACAGCGUGGUUUCAGGGCGGAACCUAUGACCAGCAGGUCAUAGACGAGCUUUUUGAACAGGGCUAUGUUGCCACCACUGGAAGCUGCUCCUGUGUGGGCAUGAUGGGCCCUGGGCUUGGCGGCGGUCAUGGCCGCUACCAAGGCCGCUACGGCUUGAUUAGCGAUAACCUGGUGACUCUGCAUGUCGUCUUGGCGGACGGGACUGCCAUCACGGUCUCCGAGAAGUCCCACCCCGAUCUACUAUGGGCUAUGAAAGGUGCCGGGCACAACUUCGGUAUCGUGACGAGCUUUGAACUCAACAUAUAUCCCAGGCUUGUGGAUACAUGGUACUAUAGAAACUACGUCUGGACACAGGAUAAGCUCGAGACGGUAUUCGAGGAAAUUAACAGAUUCCACAACAACGGUACCGAGCCUGUCGACAUGGCCUACGAAGUUGGUGUGUACACGAUGAAUUACAGCGUCAGCAGCACUGAGGCCGUUAUUUGGUGGUCCUUUGCAUACUCCGGCUCUCAGGAAGAUGCUCAGAAAUACCUGACGCCUUUUGACAACAUCGAGGCUGUCAGCGUCGAGGACGGUAACGUUCCGUACCCGGAAAUCCCCGGGCGCACGGGAAGUGGCCUCGACGAUUUCGUCUGCAGCCCUGGUUACGACCACAUGGUUGCCCAGGUUGGCACUUUCACUUGGAAUGUCACGACCCAGCGACAGGUCUACGAUCUUUUCAACCAAAAGAUCCAAGAGCAGCCGGCGAUGAAUAGAUCCUCUGUCACUAUGGAAGGCUACUCCACGGAGGGUGUUAGGGCAGUUGACGCUAGAACCUCAGGAUUCCCUUGGCGCGAUGCUUACAACCAUUUGGGCUUCAUCACGAUCGCCUACCCGCCCGAUGCUUCGUUGGACGAGUUCGCCCUCGAAUGGAGGGUUCAGCACCGGGACCUGUGGAACCAAGGCCAGCCCGGGCGCCUCCCCACGACAUACGUCAACUAUGCCUGGGGCGAUGAACCCAUCGAAUCCGUCUACGGUUACGAGCCUUGGCGGCUGGAGAAGCUUCGCUCGCUUAAGGCCAAGUACGAUCCGCACGGCCGAUUCAAUCACUACAACCCCAUCACCAGGGGUUAGCAGCCUGCAUACUUGAAUGUUCCCCCAGCCUUAGCGUGUUCGCCAAGAUGAACAGAUCGGGACUGCCAUCGCAAAAGCCGUUUUCAAAUUUAUCAUAGACCGUAC